UGUUGGAUGGUUGAUGUGUCCUCCUGUCUUUGCUACAUUUUCCCAAUUCAUUCUACCAUUGAAGAGUUCUACAAAGCAAGGCUCUACCCAGUCCCUCCUGAUCCAUCACUCUUCUUUCACUCUUCAACCGCCCUCGGAAUCUCUCCGUUUCCGGCUCACAGAACCAGCAACAGAAGGAAUCGUCGCGGUUGCAAUGGCGUCGGAAAGAGGAGGAGGGACGCUAUCGGAGAUAUACCAGAGCGCGAAGAAGCUGUUGCUGAGAACGCGAGACGGCCUCGAGAGGCUGGAGAGGUUGGAGUACUCGAGCGGCAUCGACUCCCCUGACCUUUGCAUGUCCAUCAGAAACGAUCUUACUCAGAUCCAAUCUCUCUGCGCCGAUAUGGACCGCCUCUGGCGCUCCGUCGGCGCCAAGUCCCAACGCGAUCUCUGGAAAAGAAAAGUGGAACAAGUAGCGGAAGAGGCCGAAUCGUUGAAGGAGAGUUUGGAUAAGUAUAAUUUGAGGAACCAGAGGAAGAUGAAAGAAGCCAGAGAGAGGGCGGAGUUGCUCGGAAGAGCUAAUGGAGAGUCUUCUCAUGUUAUUAGAGUCUUUGAUGAGGAGGCACAAGCAAUGCAGUCGGCUCGUAACUCUUCUCGCAUGCUUCACGAAGCCACUUCCGUCGGGGAAGCUAUACUUUCCAAAUAUGCAGGGCAAAGGGAACACAUAAAGAGAGCACAACGAAAAGCACUCGAUGUCCUGAACACAGUGGGUCUGUCCAACUCUGUACUGAAGCUUAUCGAGAGGCGGCACCGUGUUGAUCAGUGGAUCAAGUAUGCAGGCAUGAUUUUGACAGUCGUUAUUGUGUUUUUCUUUUGGAGGUGGACACGAUGAUCUAUGCCUCAAAUGUUGUCAUGGUACUUGGUUCUACUUCUGGAAAGAGGAUAUAAUUUUCUUUUGUGAUUUGGUCUCCAUUGGAACGAAAGGCUAACGAUCGGUGUACAUGGCCCUAUUUUAGAAGGAAAAACAUAUAUAAAUAUAUGAAUUUACAUGGAAUAGCCAUCUACGUUCUCUUUGAUUUUGUUGGCUUUCUUAAUAUCGAUGGUUUAAAUCUCCUAGUCUGAUCAUGCUCUUUGUUACAAAAAGUUGUGUAAUUUACAAGACAACCAUACCACUCUGCCAUGUGAGCUCCCUCGGUUGCUGAAGUGUGUCUUUCAACUGCCAAAGUGUAACCUUUUUGGUAAUUUGUAAAAAUUUCACCAGACUGGUCUUUAGGCCAUUCUUAUUGGUUUUGUGCCA